GGGCGGAGGGGCGGAGGGGCGGAGGGCGAGAGGCCGGGCGGGAGAGGGACUCGGAGCGCGGCCGCAGAGUCCGAGCCGAGCCGCCGCCGCCGCCAUGGGGCAGAUCGAGUGGGCCAUGUGGGCCAACGAGCAGGCGCUGGCGUCCGGCCUGAUCCUCAUCACCGGGGGCAUCGUGGCCACUGCUGCCCAGUUCGCCCAGUGGUACUUCGGCGUGUACUCCAUUGCAGCAGGUGUGUUUGUCUGCCUGCUGGAGUACCCCCGGGGGAAGAGGAGAAAGGGCUCCACCAUGGAGAGAUGUGGACAGAAGUACAUGACGAAGGUGGUGAAGUUGUUCGGGCCGCUCACCAGGAACUACUACGUCCGGGCCUUCCUGCACCUUGGGCUGUCGGUACCUGCGGGCUUCCUGCUUGCCACCAUCCUGGGGACAGCCUGCUUGGCCAUCGCAAGCGGCAUCUACCUGCUGGAGCCCUUGGCGGGCUUGCUCCCCCGUGGGACUCCUUCCUGUUGCUCGGCUCUCUGUUGCUUCUCUGGCUGCGAGUGUGUAUCCCCACGUCCAGCCUCUGCACCCCCGGGGCCACUACGCACCCCCAGCUCCCUGCCACACGCGGCUGGGCCCUGAGCCAGAAUUCCUUGGGUUAAACCGGAGCGGAAUUGCGGAGUCAGGGGUCAGCCCCUGCGUUCCUGAGUGAGUGGUCUCCUCGCCUAGAGCCCCUCCCCCCGGGGGCCGAGGUGCCCGCCCCGCAGCGGUUCCGCCCUCUCUCAGCGCUGUGGGGCUCCAGGCACCUCCUCCGGCUUCACCGGCUCAUCUUCCUCCUCCCAGACGCCGGCUCGCGGCCGUGGCCCAUUUUUCUCUUAGGGUUUGUCUUUUCCUUUCUAAGUUACGGGAGUCUCCUGUGUAUUUUGAUUAUGAUCCUGCGUGAGUUUAGACCCUGUAAAUGUUUUCUCCAUCCCUGUUGAGGGUCUGCCGUCUCCCCCCAGGACAUCCUCCCCUGAGCAGGGCACAGACGUGCAUCUGUCUGUGGGUUUAUCUGCUUUAUGGUUUGUGCUUGUUCAAAAUGUCUUUCCCGCCCACACGCCGUGUUUUCCUGUGUUCUCAUCCAUCGAGUUCAUAGUUUUACUUUUCAGGAUAGAAUGUUCUCGUCUUCAAGUUAGGAGGUGGGAUCAGAGAUGUUCGUUUUAUUCUUAUGCUUCAUAAAUUAUAUGGUAUCACGUAUUUUUUAAGCUGGCAAACAUGGGCUAUACAACUAAAAGUACACAUCCGCAGGCCUGCUCGGCCCGCCGCAGGGGUGCAGGGCCUAGGAGCCUGCAUUUUAGGCAGUUCCGUGGGCUGCACGCUCUUCAAGCCCCAACGUGCCUGGGUGCCCCGGGAGGCUCCAGGCUGGGGUGGGUCCAGGGUGAGGGGGUGCCGCCCACCAGGGCAGAAAGGGGCACCCUGCUCUCCCUGGCCGCCCUCCUGGGCCUCGCCACCCUGCCAGCUGCCCGGCUGGCCUGACUCAGUGUGCUGGACGCCCAGGCCUGGCCUCCCUGUCCUGCCGGCGGUUGGUCCCUGGUCGUGGAAUGUGCACCCGGAAGUGGUGCACAGCCCAGCGAUUCCAGCCACUUCCCCAUUGUGGGCCCCUCCUGGCAUGGUGAAAUAGCUCGAGUUUGGGGUCAGGCAGAGCCUGGUCCUGGCUGUGUGGCCUCAGUCCAGUCACUUAACUUCUCUGAGCUGCAGUCCCUUCACGUCUUAGCAGAUUCGGACUUGGAUCCCGCCCUGUUCCCUGGCAGGGGUGGGGGCAGGAGUGGGGGUGGCCCCCGGGAGGCCCCCUGGCCCA